UCGUCAUAGCAAGUUGUGACCUAGUGGCGUUGAAUAAGGUCGGCUGGUGGUUUUGCGUUAAAAAUUUUCGACUAUAAAUUCGACUUGUUUCUUUCCUCUAAAUUAUUAGAACCUAUAGCAUACUGCUCGAUUCAAUACGUUAGUAGCCAAUAAGUAGUUUCGCGUUGAAGUUGAAGCGAAAAUCGAAAACGUCGGCCCACAUUAAAUAAGGACAAUGCUACGCACUAUCGCUGCCACACGAAACGAAUUGGGCGCCUUGCGACUCAUCUUACUCCGAGCUCGACCGGUGCGAUAUGGUUCAAACUAUGGAGCCCGGGCCUUGAGCACUGCUGGUCAUCAGCUGCCAAUCAGGUCGCCACUGCAUAGAAAACCGAUCCUCAGUCGAAGCCAUCUACUGCCGACAUGGAGCUACAACUUUGCCCGCGCAUACGCCGAUCUGCCGGAUCAUAUACGUGUGCCGCUGCCAGCACUGUCACCAACCAUGGAUCGUGGUUCGAUAGUGGGCUGGGAAAAGAAAGAAGGCGACAAGCUGAACGAGGGUGAUCUGCUAUGCGAAAUUGAAACAGAUAAAGCUACCAUGGGUUUCGAGACGCCCGAGGAGGGCUAUCUGGCCAAGAUUCUGGUGCCUGGUGGGACAAAGGAUGUGCCAGUUGGCAAGCUGGUGUGCAUCAUUGUUCCCGAUGAGGGCAGCAUUGCUGCUUUCAAGGAUUUCGUUGACAGUGGUGGCCCCGCUGCGCCCGCAGCUGCCGCACCAGCACCCCCACCACCACCACCACCACCACCAGCAGCAGCAGCUCCAGCUCCGGCAGCACCAGCCCCAGCCCCAGCUGCCGCACCAUCACCACCACCAGCGGCAGCACCAGCAGCAGCCCCCGCGCCAGCUGCAGCACCAAGCGGCGGUCGUGUCUACGCUAGCCCCAUGGCCAAGAAAUUGGCGGAAACAAAGCAGCUCCGUCUGCAAGCCGCACCGCCACCAAAGCCCGCACCCAAACCAGCCCCCAAGUCCGAUGCGCGUUUCAAGGACAUCCCAUUGACGACGAUGCGCUCAGUCAUUGCCAAGCGACUGCUGGAGUCCAAGCAGAAUCUGCCUCACUACUACGUAACCGUUCAUUGCCAGGUGGACAAGUUGAUGAAGUUCCGCGCACACAUAAACAAGAAGUACGAAAAGGAGGGCGCACGCGUCUCCGUCAACGAUUUUAUAAUCAAGGCCGUGGCGACUGCGUGUCGCAAGGUGCCUGAAGCGAACUCCGCUUGGAUGGACACGUUCAUCCGGCAAUACGACGAUGUGGAUGUGUCUGUCGCAGUGUCGACCGAUAAGGGACUCAUUACGCCCAUCAUCUUUGGCGCUGACCGCAAGGGAGUGUUAGAAAUCUCGAAGAAUGUCAAGGAACUGGCAGGCAAGGCACGCGACAACAAGCUGCAACCGCAUGAAUUCCAGGGCGGCACCAUUUCCGUGUCCAAUUUGGGCAUGUUUGGUGUUAAUCAAUUCUGUGCCGUCAUCAACCCUCCUCAGUCCUGCAUCUUAGCCAUUGGCACAACAACGAAACAGCUUGUGUUGGAUCCGGACAGCAACAAGGGUUUCAAGGAGGUGAACAUGCUAACCGUCACGCUGAGCGCCGAUCACAGAGUGGUCGAUGGCGCUGUAGCCGCCGUUUGGCUCAAACAUUUCAGAGAUUUCGUGGAGGAUCCGGCUGCAAUGAUAGUGUAAAAGACGCAACAGCUUACGAUGUAACCCUACCCCACAGAGUGUGAGGAAUAGUUCUCUGUUGUUCACUGUUGUUCAUAUUAGAUACAAAUAUACAAUAUUUGAUGUAUUGUACAAAUUUCAAUUGAUUUGCUGCCCACGACCUGCGCUGUGCGUGUUUGGCCUCAAAUUGGUACCCACUCAAGUCUUAGCGCUUUUAGAAUAUAUAUACAUAUAUAUUAUGGCCAUGUGUAAUAUCGACAUAGUGUUAACUAAAUAAUAUUCUGUACAUGAUUUUACUCAAUCUACAAUAUACACAAACACACACACACACACACACCUACACUGAAAACAUUGUAAAUUUCGGUUAAAACAGACAUACCCACAGGUCUAAUUUUAUAAUAAUUUUCAUAUUUUGUUAAUCAUUAAACAACAUUGAUAAAUCCAAAACUGUUAAAUAAGCAAAGCACAUGUAUUUAGACUCCUAUUUUGAAAUA